GGGGCCGCCGGGAAGGGCUCCGGGCAGCAGCAGGGAGGCUGCGUCCUCCUCCCGUCUAGGGCUGUGGAAAAAAAAAAAAAAAAAAAAAAAGAAAAAAAAAAGCCGGUGGCCUCGGUGUUAUUUUGUAUUAAAAUGAGGAGGAGGAAGAAGAAGCAGCGGCAGCGGCAGCAGCGGCAGCGAGCGGUAGCGGAGAGGAGGAGAGGAGGCUCUGAGCAGGGGACGGCGGCGGCAGCAGCAGGAGGAGGAGUAGUGAUGAGUCAACUAAUAAUUUAAUGGGGACAGAAACAGAGAGAGAAGAAGGGGGGGGGGGGGAAGAGAGAGCAGAGCAAGGCAGCUCCGUCCGGGGACACACACAUACACACAGAUAUAUCUAUGUAACAUCCAGCAACAACCACCAAACCGGCCUAAAUACCAACCAUAGUCAGCCAGCCAGGGGAAGCGAGAAUUAGAGGGGGAAAAAAAAAGAGACAAAAAAACAAAGCCUACCAUUAUUAUUCCUUUUCAAUUAUUAUUUUUUCCUGCUGGCUUGGUUUUUGUUGUUGUUGGCUUUUCGCAACCUUUCUAUUUUAUAUUUUUUACCCCUUCUGGCGAGUAACUCUUCUCGGAGUUCCCAGAUUUUUUUUUUUUUCCUUUGCAGAAGCAGAACCUUUUUUUUGGUGGUGGUUUUUUUUUUUUCUUUUUCUUUUUUUCCUUUCUCCUUUUUUUUUUUUUUUUUUUUAAUAAGAGAGGGUUGGGUUUUUUAAAUUCUGAUUCCUCCCGGUUUUGGACUCGGAGGGAGUGAAACCUCGUCACUUUUUGUAGUGGUGGUGGUGUGCCUUGUUGUGUGUGUUUCCUUCCUCCCCUCUGUUCUUCCCCCCCCCCCCCCUUUCCCUGUGCUCCCUCCCCCCCCCGCACACCAGCCCCCGGUAAAUGAGAGGAGACAGGUCCUCUCUGCCUUUUUUUUUUUUCUUUUUCUUCCCUCCCCGGACCGCAAAGGCGAGAUUCAAAGUGGCAUCUCGGUGCCUUUCCCUGCAAUUUUCUCUACACUUUUUUUCCUGUUGUUGUUGUUUUUGUAAUCUCCAGUAGCGAUCUCUGGGGCUGAGGUUUCCGCAGAAAGUUUGGGGGCUGUUACGGUGUGUAUUUUUGCGGAGGGGGAGGGGAGCGGGCUCCUUCUGUGUGUGCUGCUCCUCUGGGUGCCUAUUGGAGAAUAAUAGUGUAAGUGACAACCUAGAAGUAGACUUUCUGCUCUUCACACUGGAUAGAAAAGCUGCCUUUUUUUUUUUUCUUUACCUUUUUUUUUUUUUUUUUUUAAUACCCCCCUUUCUCACUUGCUCCUGUACGCAUUGGUUUGAUUUUUGAAAGGAUAGCUAGACUUAAGUCACCUUCCACCUCAAUUUUAACCUGCUACUUUUUUUUAUGAUGAUGAUGAAUUCCUCGUUUUGAGCGUUACACUUGUCUGAGCAAUAUGAUCUUCAGCUCCUUCCUCCGUUGCUAAACCUCGAAAACUGGUUCUCUCUCAUAAAAGAUAUUUAAUCUCUGUUUUUUGUCCAUUGCCAUUUUUGCUCAUGGCUACUCUGUUUCUCGCUAUCUCUUUUUGCCCCUCCCCGCCUAGAGGAAAAUAGCAACAAGGAAAAAAGAAAAAAUAAGAGAAUAUUAGGGGAAGUAGUCCUCAGGUCUGCUGCCCCCCCCCUCCCCCUUCCCCAAAGGGGGGGGACCUAGAAAACAUCAGUCUUGAACUUCUUCCUCUUCAAGAGCUCGGGCUGCAAAGGAAACCUCCUUUGUUUUUGUUAUUUAUAUGCUGUCAAGUUUUGAAGUGGUGAUCUUUAGAGGCGGGACUGAGUAUGGAUCAUUUGAACGAGGCAACUCAGGGGAAAGAACAUUCAGAAAUGUCUAACAAUGUAAGCGAUCCGAAGGGUCCACCAGCCAAAAUUGCGCGCUUGGAACAGAAUGGGAGUCCAUUAGGAAGAGGAAGACUUGGAAGUACAGGAACUAAAAUGCAAGGAGUGCCUUUAAAACACUCUGGACACCUGAUGAAAACUAAUAUUAGAAAAGGAAGUAUGCUUCCAGUUUUCUGUGUAGUAGAACAUUAUGAAAAUGCCAUUGAGUAUGAUUCUAAGGAGGAGCAUGCAGAAUUUGUGUUGGUGAGGAAGGAUAUGCUUUUCAACCAACUGAUUGAAAUGGCAUUGCUAUCACUUGGAUAUUCUCACAGCUCUGCUGCCCAAGCAAAAGGGCUUAUCCAGGUUGGGAAGUGGAAUCCAGUUCCACUCUCCUAUGUGACAGAUGCCCCUGAUGCUACAGUAGCAGACAUGCUGCAAGACGUGUAUCAUGUGGUCACACUGAAAAUCCAGUUACACAGUUGCCCUAAACUAGAAGACUUGCCUCCUGAACAAUGGUCUCACACAACAGUAAGAAAUGCUCUGAAGGACUUACUGAAGGAUAUGAACCAGAGUUCAUUGGCCAAGGAAUGUCCCCUUUCACAGAGUAUGAUUUCUUCCAUUGUGAACAGCACUUACUAUGCAAAUGUCUCAGCAGCAAAAUGUCAGGAAUUUGGAAGGUGGUAUAAACAUUUCAAGAAGGCAAAAGAUAUGAUGGUUGAGAUGGAUAGCCUUUCUGAACUAUCCCAGCAAGGUGCCAACCAUGUCAACUUCGGUCAGCAGCCGGUCCCAGGGAACACAGCCGAACAGCCUCCAUCCCCUGUUCAGCUUUCUCAUGGUAGUCAACCAUCAGUUCGGACCCCGCUUCCAAACCUGCACCCUGGACUUGUAUCUACUCCCAUUAGCCCUCAGCUGGUGAAUCAGCAGCUGGUAAUGGCCCAGUUGCUGAACCAGCAGUAUGCAGUGAACAGACUUCUAGCCCAGCAGUCCUUAAACCAACAGUACUUGAACCACCCUCCUCCUGUCAGUAGAUCCAUGAACAAGCCGUUGGAGCAGCAGGUCUCAACAAACACAGAGGUGUCUUCCGAAAUCUACCAGUGGGUCCGUGACGAACUGAAACGAGCAGGAAUCUCGCAGGCAGUAUUUGCACGUGUGGCUUUUAACCGAACUCAGGGCUUGCUCUCAGAAAUCCUCCGAAAGGAAGAGGAUCCCAAGACUGCUUCGCAGUCCUUGCUGGUAAACCUUCGGGCUAUGCAGAACUUCUUGCAGCUGCCAGAAGCUGAGCGAGAUCGAAUUUACCAGGACGAAAGGGAAAGGAGCUUGAACGCAGCCUCCGCAAUGGGCCCUGCGCCUCUCAUAAGCACACCACCUAGCCGGCCUCCACAAGUCAAAACUGCUACUAUUGCCACAGAGAGGAAUGGAAAGACAGAAAAUAAUUCCAUGAACAUUAAUGCUUCUAUUUACGAUGAGAUUCAGCAGGAAAUGAAGAGAGCUAAGGUGUCUCAAGCACUGUUUGCAAAGGUUGCAGCAACUAAAAGCCAGGGGUGGCUCUGUGAGCUGUUACGUUGGAAAGAAGAUCCCUCACCAGAGAACAGGACCCUCUGGGAGAAUCUCUCCAUGAUCCGAAGGUUCCUCAGUCUUCCUCAGCCUGAACGCGAUGCCAUUUAUGAACAAGAAAGCAAUGCAGUUCAUCACCAUGGUGACAGGCCUUCCCACAUUAUCCAUGUGCCAGCAGAACAGAUUCAGCAGCAGCAGCAGCAACAGCAACAACAACAGCAGCAACAGCAGCAGCAACCAGGUCCCAGACUACCCCCAAGGCAACCAACAGUAGCAUCACCAGCUGAAUCUGAGGAUGAAAAUCGUCAGAAACCCCGACCACGAACAAAGAUUUCUGUUGAAGCCCUGGGGAUCCUACAGAGUUUCAUACAAGACGUAGGCCUGUAUCCAGAUGAAGAAGCAAUCCAGACUCUCUCCGCUCAGCUUGACCUACCCAAGUACACCAUUAUCAAGUUCUUUCAGAACCAGCGAUAUUAUCUCAAGCACCAUGGGAAGCUGAAGGACAAUUCUGGUUUGGAGGUGGAUGUUGCAGAGUACAAGGAAGAAGAGUUGCUCAAGGAUUUAGAAGACAGCAUCCAAGACAAAAAUGCAAACACGCUUUUUUCAGUUAAAUUAGAAGAAGAGUUAUCGGUAGAAGGGAACACAGAGAUUAAUGCUGAAUUGAAAGACUGAUCUAAAAGUAUUAUUUUCUUUCAACAGUGCCACUGGUAUUUACUAAUGAAAUGAAAAUUCCAUCUUGCGUUCUGUCAAAAACCUUUAUUAUUCAUUGUUUGGCCAAUGAAUCUUCCAAAACUUGCACAAAAGUUGAAAAAAGGAUAAUGCAGACUGCACUAGAUGUUUUACUCUGUUUUACAAACUGCUUCGCAGCAACAGAUGAAGCGUUGAGGAUUGUUUGAUAUUAAUUUGUGUUCACUGGAUACACUGUGAGUGUACCCAAUAAGCAUGAUACCAGUGAUUUUGAUUCUGGAGCCUUCAGACAAGCAUUACAACUUUUGUGAUUUACUGUUUUUUGUUUCUGUUCUGUUCUUGUUUUUUAAUUAUUACUGUAGCACUCCACACUUGAUCUUUGGAAACUCACAUUUAUUUAAAAAAACGAAAUAAAAAGAGUUUGUUACUCUUGUUCUAUUGUAUGUUACAAAAGAACUAUAGACUGUGGAAUGCAGUUUAAAGAUAACAUAUGCCAACAAAUGCCUUGUAUUAUAUGGCACUGCCGUAAUUCAGAUUUGUUUUCUUUUGGAAAUAAAGGUCACUGUAUUUUUUUUUUUCCAUUCUCAUUGUUACAUGGUUUUAAAGAAAAUGAAAAAGAAAAUGUGAAACACAAUUUAGUCCUCAUUAUUUAUUUGUAGAUCCUGCAGCAUCAUGUUGUAAUUAAUUUUUUUGGAAGUUUCCGUUAAAUGUAAUAUUGCUUCUCUUGUUAUCAUACUGAUUUUUUUUUCUAUUUAUAAAUGUAUUUUGAUGGGCAGUAAAACAAAGUGUCUUAAAAGUUUUAAAUAGAGAAAAUGUGCUUUACACAGUUGCCUAUAAAAAGUGCUCUAUGUUAUCCAAGCAAUUCAUACUAUAAGCUUCACUCUUAUUGUUGUAUGCAAUUUUUACUAUCAUGCAAAUAAGCUUAGGUAAAUAAAACUAAUAGAUCACCUUAGAAACUUAUGCAAUUAAUGUGAAAAUAAUUGAUGUUUGCAAUGUGUCUUCCUUUGGUUUACAAUCAAUUUUAAAGCUACAGCUGUAUAAAUUUUCUGUAUAAAGGUGUAUUUCUUUUUUAUGAGUUUAUUGCUAUGAAAACACCAGUUAUUUUGUUACAGCUGGCUGUUUUUAUAAGUGUAUCACAAUUUUCUUUAUGCAGAAAUGUUCUGACUAGGAGUGGUUAUUGACUGUAACUACACAAUUAAAAUUGUUUGUAUGGUAUGAUAUGG